UUCCUUAACAUUUUUGUUUAUCUAUAUGUUUCGUUAUCUAUGAUAAACGUAAAUUUGUUGUUUACAUCAAUAUUUAAACUAUCCAAUUAUGUUGAGCUGAUAGAGAAUUCAAAGUUAUAUGGUCGAAAAAUAACUUUUUCGGUAAAUAUUAAGCUCAGAGUGAUAAUAUUCAACCAUGGAUAAUAUUAUGCAAUCUAUUCAAGGAUGUAAUGUCAUUCGUUAUACAUCUUAUAGAACUGCUGCAAAGAUGCAAAUAUUACAUAAAGAAUUGAAUAUGCAACAUGUACAAUUGGAAUUAAUAGCAGGAGUAUUUGAACGUCAUAGACUUUCCAUCACUGAAAAUAGUGUUAAUUUAGACUCGAGUGAGAUUGAAGAUGUUCUGUCUGAUAUUUAUUUUGCGGCGCAGAAAGAAAGUAAUUUUAAUUUUGAUGUUGAUUUUAUAACAAAGCUUGCUACAAGUUACAUUCUGAAUACUUUUGACAAACAAAGUACUGGAAAUAUUUUAGUAUUUUCAGUAAAAGUUGCAUUGGUAUUAUUGAGUAAUGGUAAAUUACAAGAAAAAUAUGGAUAUUUGUAUCAGCAGCUAGCCGAUCACAAUGCAUGUUUAUCUAGAGCUGGUUUACAUACCUUAUUAACAAAUAUCUGCAAAAUAACAGAAAUGCUUGGAGAAACUAUAACAUAUGGGUAUGAACAGAUUCAGACACAUAUAGAUGCCUGUUUUGUAAAGUCUCAAGGAGGUCUUGGAGUUACUGAAGCAGAAUUUGCUGCAUGGAUCAUGCAGGAACCUCCUUUGCUUGUUUGGAUAACAACAUUCAAUCGAAUAAAAUCUGCAGAACAUAUUGUACAUAAUAUCAGAUGUUCUUCGUGUAAAGUAACACCGGUACAGGGACCAAGAUAUACAUGCUUGAAAUGCACAGGAUACCAUCAAUGCCAAGAAUGUUUUCUCUUAGGCAAGACGUCAAACAAGCACAAGCUGAAGCAUCCAAUCCGUGAAUUUUGCAUGAAGACUUCACAUCGCGAAGUUACAAAAUUGAUCAUUGAAUUGAUAAGAAAUAAAUUGAGACUGUGUCCCACUAGAACAAUCACAAUAGAGGAUCCAGUUACAGAUGCUACUAGUAAUGAAACAAGACGUACGGAUUAUGGUUCAGUAAGAAGUACUAUUAAACGAAAGAUUCUCAGUGAUCCGCAAAAGGAAUUACAAAGUAUCAUAAUGCAUUUGGAAGAGGAAAAUCGACAAUUGCAAAUUGAAUUGCUCGAUAUACAAGGCACCAAAGCAGAGAGAUUACAACGUCAUAGAGUGACCAUCGAAUCUCAAUUGCAACGACUAAAAACGCUUAAGAAAUACUUAUUUACUGAUAUGACUCAAGUACCACAGAUUAUCACUCGUAUGCAAAGCACCCCGAUGUUACCGCCUUUAUCAUCCAGACUUACAGCACUGCCUCUAGAAUUCGAAUUAAGUCCAAUUAUCAGGCAAGACACUGCAGAUCAACAAAAAACACUUCACAGAAAAGACAAAUUAACAUCAGAUAGUUUCAAUACCUCAUCACCUAUACAGCAUACAGGAGGGGAAGAUAACACCAAUGCUCUUUCUUGCGCCCAAGAGACUUUUACGAGUUCUGGAUUCGGUAAUAUACCAGAAAACAGUCGUAUGGAAUUAAGUACUUGGAUUGGAGGAACAAGGAGAGAAUUGAGUACAGCUGACAGUGGUUUCUCUCAGUGGUUGGUUGCUGGCAAUUCGAAUUGCAAGAAUAACUAUGUGGCCAAUGCAGCAAUUAAUAAUACAAAUAAUGACUCGUCGCUGGUAGCUUCUCAAUCCCCUACAGGCAUUCAUAGAGACAAUACUCCAUCUUCCUUGCAACGGCCUGACAAACAUUCACAACAUAGUAGUUUGCAAAAUAUUCAAGGAGAUCUUAAUGAUAUAUUAGACAGACUGCAAAAUAUGGUUGCUAAUGACUGUUUACUCGAUGAAUCGUACGACGGCAAUGACAAUUGUAAAUUGAAACGUGCCACAACAGAAAUGGAAGAUCUAUUAACUGGCCUUAUUGAAGGUAUGGAGUCUCGUAAAAGUAAACUUACUACUAUUGUUUGAAGGCAUUAAUACUUCAAAUAAAAAAUCUAAGUAUAGUACAUUUAAACAUUUUUAUAUUGCAAUGACUUUUUCUUUUAAGCAUAAUUUCGAUAAAAAUCUGAAAUACUUUUUUUUAAACUCUUAUUAUUGGCAUAAUUAUGAAACUUUAUAAAUGUGCCAUUUGAUGACAUUAUGCAUUAUCCAAAGAAAGAAUGUAUAAGUUCUUGUAAGCAAUAAUGUGUGCACAAAUAUUGCAUUCGAGAUAUCACACUAUAAUUAUAGUUAUAUUUAACAUAGUAAUUACAAAUGUAAUUAUACAUAUAUAAUUAUGUAAUUUUAUAUAAUUAUUUGAUAGACUAAAAAAUUUUUUGACGUUCUAUAUGUAUAUGUAUUAGAUUGAACGGAAAGUUCGUUCCGUUUUUUGCUAACAGAUGAAGACCGAAAAAACGGCACGAACUUUCCGUUCAACCGAAUAUUUAUAUAUUUGUGCAAUCAUAAAAGAAGUAAUCUAUUUUGAUAUUCCUGUUAAUAAAGAAUUGUCUUAUGAUUGUCUAUAAAAAAUAUGGAUAAGUUAUAUAUAUACAUAUGCAUGUAACUCUCUUUAAGAGUUAUAAUUUACUCGUAAUUAAGAAAUUAUAAUAAACCUCAUUAUAUAUAAUGCAAAAAGAAAAAUCAUAUAUAACUCUGUUCAUUUAAGCUUCCUUAGUGCAUUGAAUUAAGUUGUUAUGGCUCUUCAUAAAUACAUAUACAUUUGCACAAGACAUUAUACUUUAUGUCAAAGUAUAUUUUAUUUUUCAUAAAUUGGAAAUAUUGCAUACAUACAUUCAAUUGAAAUGUGAAAGCGAUAGAUUAUUUUGUUUCCAAUUAUAAAACAAAUGCCUUAUAUUCUAAGUUUAAGUCAAUUUUACGACCCGACUAGAUGGUUGGUUAUA